AUGGCUUUCAAAUUUGUCCUCCUCAGCUGCCUUUUGGCUCUCGCCAACGCUGGUCUCUUCCUCUCGGUAAGGACCCCAGCCCUCACCCCAAGACUGGGCCAUGGCCUCGCUCCACUGGAGGCCCGUAUCGUCGGUGGCGACGAGGCUGAGGCCGGCGAAUUCCCUCACCAGGUCUCGCUCCAAUUUGGCGCCUCGCUCCAAAGCGUCGCUCACUUCUGCGGAGGCACCAUCAUCCACCCACAGUUCAUCCUGACCGCUGGACACUGUGUCGAUGCUGUCCCCAACUACGGCACAUUCGCUGUCAAAGCUGGCAAGCAUAACCUCAAGAAGAUCGAGGAUAGCGAACAGACCGUCGAGGUCAAGAGCACCUACGUCCACGAACUCUACCCUGGUGAGGUCGCCCCCUACGACAUAGCCCUUCUCAAGCUGAAAGCUCCCCUGAAGUUCACCAAGCGCGUCCAGCCAAUCGCUCUCCCUAAAGCCGGAGUUGAACCAACCGGUGAAGUUACACUUUCCGGAUGGGGCUCUAUCUCCACUACCAUCUGGGACAUCAAGCCUGACAAACUCCAGAAGAUUGAUCUUCCACUUGUUGACCGCAAGACCUGCAACGCCUCCAUCAUCGAGCUUUACAAGGGAGAGCCAUCUGCUCUCCACCCCACCAACAUUUGCACUGGACCUCUCAACGGUGGACAGGGCGCUUGCCGAGGUGACUCUGGCGGCCCAUUGAUCUCCAAGUACGGAAAUGUCAAGGAAGUCGUCGGUGUCGUUUCUUGGGGAUUCGUCCCAUGCGGUGCUGUCAACGCUCCCUCAGUCUACGUCAAGGUCGCUGACUUCGUCGACUGGAUUCAGGAGACCAUUUCUGCCAAUUCCUUUUAAAUUGAAUUUAGCUCAAUUCUGUUAAUAGUGUAAAAUUCCUUUGUACAAAAAUUUGUAACUUAUGACGCGCUACUUUAUUGUAGAAAGAUGACUAUUAUCCUAUCCACUCUCAACAUCACUUAACGUAUGCACCAAUCUCGCAUCGAUGUUGUUUUGUAUAUAAUAAAUUUGAUUAUUCAUUA